UGGACCUUCGCGCAGCCAGUCCAGGCGACCUACAGCUCCCCCAAUGGCACCAAUACCCGAAAUGCCAACACGUGGACAGACCAGUAAUUCACGGAGUAGCAGGCCUGCUUUAUCAAGUGCAAGCCGAGGUCAUAGAGAUGAAAUGCCACGAUCGCGAUCAAACCGAUCUCCUGCCCAUCUGCAAGGGCGUACCUCCCGGGCUCGAAAUACAGAACAACAAGGUAGCCAGCAUUCCCUUCCUCAGAGAAGGGUAGCUUCCGAACUGUCGUCUCGACAACCAACAUCUCGAGCCCCUACUGCAAGGGUUCAAGGGCAUGCACCGAGAAGGACUCAGGCCCCUACUCCAAGGGCCCAAGAUCAAACACCGAGAAGGACUCAAGCCCCUACUCCAAGGGCCCAAGGUCAAACACCGAGAAGGACUCAAGCCCCUACUCCAAGGGCCCAAGGUCAAACACCAAGAAGGACUCAAGCCCCUACUCCAAGGGCUCAAGGCCAUACAUCAAGAAGGACGUAGCACUGACCCUGGAGCAGCUGCACCUCGAAACGCUUUAUAUACAGGCCCAGACAGUGUAGCACUAGUCAAACCAACCGACUAUCCCCUAGCUCAGCUGCAACUGAACGUGCGAGAAUAGGCUCUAUAAACUUUAUCCGACAUACCACACCUGCACGACGCACACG